CGGCGGCGGCGCGAACGGCGGGCACCGGAGCAGAGCUAGCAGCCGAGCGGGUGGCAUCCCGGGUCGGGCUCACGGAGGGCGGCGGAGGUGCGGCCCGAAGCCAUGGUGAUCAUGUCGGAGUUCAGUGCGGUCCCCUCAGGCACUGGUCAGGGCCAGCAGAAGCCGCUCCGAGUGGGCUUUUACGACGUGGAACGAACCCUGGGCAAAGGCAAUUUUGCAGUGGUUAAGCUGGCGCGGCACCGAGUCACCAAAACGCAGGUUGCAAUAAAAAUAAUUGACAAGACACGGUUAGAUUCUAGCAAUCUGGAGAAGAUCUACCGGGAGGUCCAGCUCAUGAAACUUCUGAACCACCCGAAUAUCAUCAAGCUUUAUCAGGUUAUGGAGACAAAGGAUAUGCUCUACAUUGUCACAGAAUUUGCAAAGAAUGGAGAAAUGUUUGAUUAUCUGACUUCCAACGGGCACUUGAGUGAAAACGAGGCUAGGCAGAAGUUCUGGCAAAUUCUGUCAGCGGUGGAGUACUGCCACAACCACCACAUUGUCCACCGGGACCUCAAGACGGAGAACCUGCUCCUCGACAGCAACAUGGAUAUCAAGCUAGCAGAUUUUGGAUUUGGGAAUUUCUACAAGCCAGGCGAGCCUCUGUCCACGUGGUGUGGGAGCCCCCCAUAUGCAGCCCCUGAAGUCUUCGAGGGGAAGGAAUACGAGGGUCCCCAGCUGGACGUCUGGAGCCUCGGUGUGGUGCUGUACGUCCUGGUAUGUGGCUCCCUCCCUUUUGACGGGCCAAACCUGCCUACGCUGAGACAGCGGGUACUGGAGGGCCGCUUCCGCAUCCCCUUCUUCAUGUCUCAAGACUGUGAGACGCUGAUCAGACGCAUGCUGGUUGUGGACCCCGCUAAGCGCAUCACCAUAGCCCAGAUCCGCCAGCACCGGUGGAUGCAGGCCGACCCUACUCUCCUGCAGCAGGAUGACCCUGCCUUCGACAUGCAAGGCUACACCUCCAACCUGGGCGACUACAACGAACAGGUGCUAGGGAUCAUGCAGGCCCUCGGCAUCGACCGGCAGCGGACAAUAGAGUCUCUGCAGAACAGCAGCUACAACCACUUUGCCGCCAUUUACUACCUCCUACUCGAGCGCCUCAAGGAGCAUCGAAGCGCCCAGCCCUCAUCCCGGCCCACCCCUGCACCCACCAGACAGCCCCAGCUCCGAAGCUCAGACCUCAGCAGUCUGGAGGUUCCUCAAGAAAUUCUCCCGUGUGACCCUUUCCGGCCCUCUCUGCUGUGCCCACAGCCCCAGGCCUUGGCUCAGUCUGUCCUGCAGGCUGAGAUAGACUGUGAUCUCCACAGCUCACUUCAGCCCUUAUUAUUCCCCCUGGAUACCAACUGCAGUGGAGUGUUCCGGCACCGAUCCAUCUCCCCCAGCAGUCUGCUGGACACAGCUAUCAGUGAGGAGGCCAGGCAGGGUCCCGGCCUGGAGGAGGAACAGGAGGUCCAGGAACCCCUGCCCGGCAGCACAGGCCGGAGGCACACAUUGGCCGAAGUCUCCACCCAUUUCUCCCCGCUCAACCCUCCUUGCAUAAUUGUCUCCUCCUCUGCCACGGUGAGUCCCUCGGAAGGGACCAGCUCCGACAGCUGCCUCCCCUUCUCUGCAAGUGAAGGUCCUGCAGGGCUUGGCAGUGGCCUGGCCACCCCAGGGCUGCUGGGCACCAGCUCUCCAGUCAGAUUGGCCUCGCCCUUCCUGGGAUCACAGUCAGCCACCCCUGUGCUCCAGACUCAGGCAGGUCUGGGCACAGCCAUCUUACCUCCUGUCAGCUUUCAGGAGGGACGGAGAGCGUCUGAUACCUCUCUCACUCAGGGGCUGAAGGCCUUCCGGCAGCAGCUGAGGAAAAAUGCGAGGACCAAGGGGUUCCUGGGACUAAACAAGAUCAAAGGGUUGGCUCGCCAAGUGUGCCAGUCCUCCGCCCGAACUCCCCGGGGAGGGAUGAGUACCUUCCACACCCCGGCCCCAAGCUCGGGCCUGCAAGGCUGCACGACCAGCAAUCGGGAGGGCAGGAGCCUACUUGAAGAGGUCCUGCACCAGCAGAGGCUGCUCCAAUUACAGCAUCACUCUUCUGCCGCCACCGCCGCCUCAUCUGGCUGCCAGCAGGGCCCCCAGCUGUCCCCGGUCCCCUAUGUGCUUGCUCCCUGUGACAGCCUCCUCGUGUCUGGAAUUCCACUGCUGCCAACACCCCUUCUCCAGGCUGGCAUGUCCCCUGUGGCGUCUGCUGCGCAUCUCCUGGAUACCCACUUGCACAUCAGUGCUGGCCCAGUGGCCCUCCCCACUGGGCCCUUGCCACAGUGCCUCACCAGGCUGUCCCCAGGCUGUGAUCCUGCUGGGCUGCCACAGGGGGACUGUGAGAUGGAGGACCUGACUUCUGGCCAGCGGGGGACGUUCGUCCUGGUACAGUGAGGGUGGCUCUGGCCCACACACAUCCCCAACCUCGCCACCUUUCCCCCACCCCCCGCCGUGGCCGAUUGACUCUUCCAAGCAAUAAUUUCAGAGUAUGUGAAGAUGGUUUCCGGACUCAAAAGCCAAGAACUUUCUAGACGUGAAACAAGCAAUACGUUUGGUGUAUGGGCUUUUUAGGAUAUUUUUUGUUGUUGUUUUUUGUUUUGUUUUCUCCUUGCACUGAGUGACCUCAAUGAUAAGUAGGGACUGAAACUUUCUGAAGAAAAAUAAUAAUUGAGAGUAUAUCACGUGGGCGGGCGGACGGGAGGGGAGGGCAGUGGGGGGAGAGCGGCCUCCGAGGCGUGAUGAGCUGGGGCAUCCCUGAAGUGGGGGCAGCUCAUACUGUUGCUCAUGCCUGUGUAGUGGUUGGCGUUGUUUCAGGCUUGGGUUCACAGCUCUCCCCUUCUGAAACGAGCAUGCUUUAGACAGAAACUGUGAACUCGCUGCUUUCUGUGUGGGUUUCAGAGCAGCCAAGGCUCAGCCUAGGGGAAGACGGACGGCACGCAUUCUCGGGGUCUCCCGUCAGCCAAAAGACCGCCUUGUCGUGGUUCAGCUUGGGGUUUUUGUAGCUGCUCAAGUCAGUGCGCCAGGCUUAUUCAGAGGACUGGAAGGGAGGAAGGACCUGCAGGUGGGCACUCUCACACCGCAAGGAAGCCGAGAAGUUCCUUCCAGCCUCGUACCUCGACUCUGCUGCUAAUUAUCAGAUUUUUAUGCAUUUCAUUAUCAGGGUCCCGCUAGAACACCUGACUUGGGGAAAUUGUGCAAUACCAAGGGGCUGUGACCAGAGAGACCCAGGCAGCCAACGGGCAUCUUGGUUAUGACCACCUUGCCCUUGGCCUGGGACCUUUCCUGGUAAAAGCCUGGCCCCCCCAAGGCCUGGGCUCUGUCUGGCUUGCUUUCCAGGAGGAUCAUAAGUAUAGGUCAGUGUUUGUAAAGUUUCUUUUUAAAGCAAAUACUGUAUAUGUAUAUAAAUAGGAAACAGACACUACUUAUUUUUUUCUAUUUUGUAUACACUUUUGUGUUCCUGGCUUAAAAAACCUCCCUUGGUCACAUUAGGAAGUUGUCCCCAUGUUUGUGGUGAAAGGCCUGUAGGCUGCCCACCUCCAGUACAGAGUAGAGGUGUCAGGGAAGAAGUGGCCCCACCUGACAAGUCUACCUGGGCAGGGAAGGCCCUGGCAACAGCUGUGCCAUCCAAACACCUCUGGAAGGAACCAGGGAUGUCAACCCUUCUGACUCCUUCUGUUUCUCUGCCUCCCGGGCGACUUCCACCACCAAAUCUCACCGCAGCAGUAUUAACCUGAGGUCAUUAAGGGAGAGGAAAGGAGACACUUCAAAAGCCAAAGAUUGACCCAGUUACCCAAGGCCAGGAAGAGGCAGCACCCAAACCUGAUGUCCCAGCGUGGUCCUCCCUGUCGGGCCCCGUGGCCCACCCUAUACCGCUUACUCUCCAGACAGGCGAAGGACCGACCAUUCUUCUGGGUUGGAACUGGUGCCCUCCAUAGAACAAACCAAAAAGUGUCCCUCCUGCCGACUCACCUGAUGUGUGCAUCAGGGAAGCAAGCACUCAGCAUCCUGGGCAGCCAGCCCUCCUCAUCUCCCAUAGUUCCUGUCUGGAUACCACAGAUCAAAGGCCUGGGCACUGCUGUGUCAGAGCGGCAAGCACUUUACUUUCUGGCAGUUUUUGUGUCUUCUAGUUGCUAUCGACCCUCUGGGGGACAGUAACAUGGUUUUUACUUCUUGGGUUUUUGGGUUUUGUUUGUUUUUUUUUUUUUUUUUUNUUUUUUUAGCGUGUGUGCUGUGUUUUUAUAGAUCCUCACGGCCCUGGACUGGACUGUAAUGGAAUCGCCUAUUUAAAGACACUACGUGAUCUCAGAUGUA